GUUAGGGUUUUUUUUUGUUGUUUCUGUUCCUUGUUGAUCGUUUAUGACUGUAGCCAGUGUUGAUCUCGCUGUGUUGUAGAUCUAGAUCUAAUCUACUAAAAUUCUAGAUCUAUAUUAGAAUUCUGUAUCUGGAUCUAAUUCAUAUUGAAAUCAUACUCAUAAACUGAAACUCAUUUUAAAAUUUAUGCCUUAAGACUUAAGGCCGUUAAUUAGGCUUAAAAUGGCAUCAGACAUUUUAUUUGAUGAAUGUGCUGUUGAUACACUGGAUAUGAAUAACGACAGUGAUAUUUUCAUAACUGGAGGAUUAAUGAAUCCCAAAGAGCUGUAUCUGACGGACCUGGUGGGCAGCAAGGAUGCCUCCUCAUCCUCAGAUUCUGGAUUCUCGACACUGGAUGACUUCCAGGAUAUGGAUAACGUCACCGACCUGGCCAGCUUAAUGGAAUCAGAGUUAAAAGAUAUUGAUUUCAAUUUGGAUUUCAAUUUAUCAAAGCUAGACCAGGAUGAUGUCUUCGAUCCAGUGGACCUUCUGGUAAAGAAAGAGCCCAAGUCACCAUCACCUACCCUGAGCUCUAGUCCUGAUGGGUGCUGUUUACAGCAGCCCAUCUCUCCUGACAUAUUCAGCUAUCACAAUGACUUGAGCCUCAAAGAGGAAGGCAGUCCUCUGACUUUGCCGAUGUACCACCACCAACACUUUGACCAUGAUGGCAGCUCCAGCCCAUCCUCAGUGUACUCCUUUCACCAGAGCUACAUCAUGGAGCCCUCCACCUCCCCAAGCCUCUCACCCUCUUCCCCCUCCUCCUCAUACUCCAACCCCAAUUCCCCCCCUGCCACCCAGUAUGUCCAUCAGCCCAAACAGGAUGGCUCCAGUCCUUUUAGCGUGACAGCAUAUGGCCAGCAGCAGCCUGCAUCUCCACCGGCGCCUCAGUAUAUUGUGGUGCCAAACAUUCAUGUGCCACAGGUCAAAAGGGAGGUGACCUCAUCUGUCUCCAUUCUCUCCCCUCGACCAGGCUUUGUGAUCCAACCUGGCAGUGACACAAAGCUUGCAUCCUCCUUCAACAUUGAUACAAUAUUAAGUAGUAAAAUUAAAAUCAAACCAAAGCCUGGCUCAGAAAUUGUUAGUCCACCUGCAGGUGUCCAUUGGAUCACUACAACCUCCAGCCAAGUGCCCUUCACUUCACAGUCUAUACCUGUCAUGACAUCGUCGUCUCUUAUAUCAGGCGGAGUCACUGCAGUACCUGAUGAAAAAAAUUUAAAGAGAGCACAAAGAAUUAUAAAGAAUAGAGAAUCAGCCAGUUUAUCUCGGAAAAGAAAGAAGGAAUAUCUUAACAGCCUUGAGGAGAGAUUACAGCAGUGUAAAGAGGAGAAUGAUAGAUUGCUCAAAGAAAAUGAAACAUUAAGACGACAAGUAGAAUACUUACAGAAUGAGAAUGUCACAUUAAAACAUCCCAGUGGUUUAAGCCCAGUCAAAAAAAUGUGUCUGCUGUGUAUUGGUCUCCUACUCACAUUGAAUUUGUCUCCUUUAAGUAUUCUAAAUAAUGUCAACACGUUGAACUCUGCCCAAUAUUUACGUUCACCUGGAGGUUUUUCUGGACGCCACCUGUUGUCAGUACCAGAUGAUGGAGAUCCAGAUAGGGUUGUUUUUAGAAGUGGUGGCGGCAGAAGUGAAAACUAUCAUCCCAGUUUGCUGAGGUUUGAUGAGGAGCUGAGCCUGUUGGCUGAACGUCUCAAUUUAACUGACAGGAUAGGCAAUAUGUGUCCAAUGUUUUUUAACUCUACAGAGUCUGUUAGGCUUGCUGAACAACUUCGAGGUUGGAUGAUUAGCCAAGAAGAAGAGAAGAAAAAAACAAAGAAAAGAAGCACAAAAAGAAGAAAAAACUACCCUCCAGUGAAACAUUUCGGAAGCAAUUCCUUCGGGAGGUACACACAGUCAGUUCCCAACAGUGAGGUCAAUGGGCCAGCAGUGAACAGUAACACAUAUCCGAUUCAAGUGUUCAGUGGAGCUUAUGAUUCCAGGCAGCGAUUGUUGAAUGCUAUACACAGGCGUAAUGAUACUUUCUAUGUACUCUCUUUCAGCACCGAUUAUUUCCUAGUGCCAGCCACAGCCCAUAAUAAAACCAUGAGACCUCGGAUGUCAUUGUUAAUGCCAGUGGUCACACCUUUAGUCAAUGGUAGUUCUGGUGAUUCUCGGGAUAGUGUUGGAAUGAUGCAGAUAGAUUGCGAGAUACUCAACACAAAUCUGAUCCAGGUACAGCGCUCUGUCUUUCCAGAAAAAUCCGUUUUCAAUUCAACUGCUUUUGAGAGUGGCCAAGAGAAGCCAGCCAGUAACAAUGGCACACGCCCACAGGGUCGCAAGUCCGAGAAGUACUGGGAAAAACUUCAAAGAUCAAAUAAAUAAACUAGCCGGAGAAAAUGCAUAAUGACUUUUUUUUUAAACCAGGGCUCACCCUUAUCUGGCUGAUUUUCUAUUUGUACAUAAAUGAGAGUUGUUUUAUAAACUAUGACUUUACUUGUGUCAUUGAUGGGUUUAAGUGCUAUGUUUUAUUCAUGUGGAUUUAUUGUCUGUAAGCCAUAUGCUUUUUUUUUUGAAUAUUUUUUUUUAUUAUUGUUCAAUGUCUCUCAAAAUAUUUUCACUAUUAAUGCACUUGGUGUUUAUUUUUUUAAUAUUUAAAAAAAAUGUUUGUCAGAUAUUAACACUUAAUUUUUUCCUCUUGAAGUUCAUGUUUGUACCAAUAUUGUCAAAUUGUGCUAGUAGAAAUGAAGUAACGAGAUUACUUUCACGGAGGGAUUCAUUCUUUGUUCCUCACUAUUUGGCAGUUCAUACAAACAAGCUGUUGAAAUGUCAUAUGCUUAGUAAAAAUAAAAUGUACUAACAUUGGUAUAGUAUGUGGUACAUGACAUAAGUCGAAGUUGGUUUGCCAAAUAAUGUAUUUAGAAAUCUGGCAAAAUAUUGAUUUUUAACAGACUGUUGACACUAUUUUUGUAUUGUGUGUUUUAUUUAUAUUUGAUGCUGUACUCUCUAUACAAAUCUAGACUUUAUCUGGAUUGGUUUGUGAUUUUAGUGGAGGUUCAUAGCACUUCUCCAUUAAGAGCUUUCACUAUCAUUGAAUGCUGCCAAAGGGAUUAGAAACUUAGUUAUGGUUAUCACUUUUUAAAAUUAUCUACUGAAAUUGUAGAUACUGUACAAUGUUUCAAAUGCACUGAGUAAAUGAAAUGACUGUAGAUAUUCUUUGAUUCUCAUAUUUGGUACAUAUUAUUUUUAUAUUUAUCGCUCAUUUGUUACAAAUGAUACUGAUAAUAAUUUAAAUAAUAAUCAGUUUUAAGCUUCAAUUUGAUCUUAACUUUUUUUGAAAACAUUUUUUUGUUGCUUUCUAGUUUGACGAUUUCUACACUAUUUUGCAUCUAAAUGAAUGUUGUAUGGUUAUUGUAAAUCAUAGUUAAUCCCUGCAUGAGAUACAUUACAUUCCGAAUUUGAUUGUUUCACUGCCAUGAGUUAUCAAGUAGUACUGUAUCUAGAUCUAAGCAGCAGUGUGAUUGUUGAAUCUGCUCAUUUUUCGCAGAACAUAUGAGGAUGAAUGCUUUUAGUGCAACACCUUUUUAAUGUCUACAUAUUUUCUAUCUUGAGACAUUUGACAAAUUUCAGCAGAGCUAACAUGGCUGAGAAAUUUUGGUUCAAAUGUACAUUUUCAUCACCAAUGAAUCUUUUCCUUCAUUCAAAAGUUUCACCCUAACUCUAUCAUUGAUAAGCAAAUGCUUGAUGUUGAAUUGUUCUCAAGAUGGGUGCAUUGCGUUUUUUAUCUUGCAGAUAAAUAUUCAUGUUGGCCUGUGAAUCUCAGGAUUACAUUAAAAAAAAAAAACGAAUGAAAUAUUUAUGUUUACACAUGUAUAUUUAAAACUGUGUUAGAAAGUUUAGUUAAAAAUACAGAUUUAUUUAUUGUAUCAUAUUUAUUGAAUCCAAAGUAGAUACAUAAAUGUACUUCUAAUGUGUUAAAUUUGGCAUUUUAUUUUUAAUCCUGAAAAAUUUGUGAAACUCCAUGUUUUUAGAUCAAAGCAGUGAAAUAGAAAAAGUUGUCUUGUGCAAUAGAUUUGUGGAUAGUUUCAACAUCAAAGUGUCCUUACAUGCAGUCUUAACCGGCAACUUUAUCCAAUGAUACAUGUCAAUGUGAUGAUGUUCUAAUAAAACUUUGAAAUGA